AUGGGCCGCGAGGCUCACAAGGAUCCAGCGAUUCCCGAGCGUGCCGAAGACUUGAGCAUCACCGGUCUCAAAUGGGCAGCGGCCUGGCAACGAUGGAGCAGCGUACCGUCGAUUAUGUGGCGAUCCGGAGCGGGAUUGAGCAAGAAUUUAGGCUCCGGCUCGUCUAAUCCGGAGGGUUUCAACUGCACGGCCUGCGGCAGAGUCUACAAGCUAAAGAGUAGCCUGAGGAAUCAUCAAAAAUGGGAGUGCGGUAAAGAGCCUCAGUUUCAAUGUCCCCAUUGCGUCUACAAGGCGAAGCAGAAGAUGCAUAUCGCGCGACAUAUGGAGCGAAUGCACAAAGAGAAGAUCUACAAGCAAGAACUCGUAUAAGAUGAACGAAGGGGGGAAGGUGAACGUCCAGUGCUCGUCGUCGGCAUCGUUUACGGGCUCGAUCGCGCGUGGGAGAGACUAUACGAAAGAUGAAAAGAAGAAACGGAAGAAGAGAUAUGCGAAGAGAAGAGGAGACACGUCUCUCUUACGCACGAUCGACGUUCGACAUGCACGACUUUUGAAGAGAGCAAAAC